UGCCUCGAUGUCUGGUUAUGAAAAUCGCCUCGAGCUGACAGCCUCUCCCUCCAUCCCCUGCUGAUGUAGCCGCUGCCGGUGAGGAGAAAACGGAUAGGGGACCCGGACGUUCUCCGGUGAUACUAACAUCCACACCGUCGACCAGGAAAUACCGUGUUUUUUCCGUGUUUGUGUCGGACUGUUACACGGGGAAGCUGCUGCAGCGGGGAUGCUGUCAUGUAGAGAGACGUCAUUGAUUUUUAAAAGGCAACACAAAAAGACUGCAGUGACAUCAACUGGAGAUUGUUUCUAUCCCCGGAAUAUAAAACGAUAAAAUAUCGAUCUGUCUGCAGUGAACCACCGAGGAAGUGAAAUGAGACACAUGACAGAGAUCACAUCCGUUCUGCCUGGAAAUCCUCUUCACUGAAUGAACGCUUCUGGUCACGUUGUCAUGUCAGCGUGAGAUGUAGCCUCUGCCCAGUGAUCCAUUUGAUUAAAGCUGCCUAUUCAAUUAAAAGUAGCUCAAAUCAUUAUUAUCGUUUUGGAAGAAAAAACACAUUUGUGUCCUUGGAUUCAUCACCACAAGGUCUAUGUACAAACUAUGCUGGAGAGUUUAAUCAUUUCACAUGAUCUUUCCCAGCAGAUGGAAUAUGUAAACCUUAAGCUUAAAAAUACUUUAAAUUCCAAAAGAGCAGAUCAGGACCUGACUCUGGAACAGGAGGCUGAAGAGGGAUAAAAACAAAUCAGAACAUAUCUCCAAAAUACUCAUUAUGAAAAGGAUAUUUUUAAUGGAAUCUCCAAACUUUUAAAAUCAGUGCAAGUUUGGAUGAAUGACACUUUUCUUUUUGGCAUACCUGAAAUAACUGUUGGACUUAAUCAGUUCAGAAGUCGAUGAAAAACAUCAGCAAUUUACUGUACACUUCCUUCAAUCCAAAGACACAUCUUACAAGCGAGAAAAUAAAUCGUCUUAAAAGCACUGAUAUAUUAGUAGUAGCUGGUUCACCUAUACCUCUGUGAUGCUGGACGUGGUGAAGAUGAAGGACGCUUGCAGGAUCUGCGCUCGCGAGCUCUGCGGCAACCAGCGCCGUUGGAUCUUCCACCCUACAGCCAAGCUCAACCUGCAGGUGCUGCUGUCCCACGCUCUGGGCCACGAGCUGAGCCGGGACGGCCGCGGGGAGUUUGCCUGCUCCAAGUGCGCCUUCAUGCUGGACCGCAUGUACCGCUUCGACACUGUCAUUGCCCGUGUAGAGGCGUUGUCCCUGGAGCGCCUUCACAAGCUCCUGCUGGAGAAAGACCGGCUGAGGCAGUGUAUCGGAGGCCUGUUCCGAAAGCACAACGCAGAUGAUGGGAACGUGCCUCCGCCCAGGGCCAUUGUGGGGGUUGUUGGGACUGACGUGGGGUCAGAAGACUCACCUGUGGUGGAUCUGUCAGGUCUGCAGGACGGAAGAUACUCUGAUAUGAUCCAGGAUGAUCUUACCUACUCUGUGUAUGAAUCCUGGGCUGAUAAGGAGGACCCGGCCCUGGACCAACCCACCCAUCAAGAGCCCCACCAACACCAUCACCAGUGCCCAGGAGCAGACUCUCUCUCUGGCAUGAAGCCUAAGCGGUGCAGGGGUUGUGCAGUCCUCCGUGUUGCUGAUUCUGACUAUGAGGCAGUGUGUAAGGUGCCUCGCAGGGUUGGGCGCAGAAGCACUUCCUGCGGACCAUCCACACGCUACUCAACAGCCACUCCCGGGGGUAAAGACCCUGCUAGAACCUCCGGAGAGUCCGAGGCUACAGCUGUCACCUUUGAGUCCUCCUUAGCUGAGUUGGACACUGAUAAAAUCAUGUGUGACCAGACAAGUCCUAGCCCGGCAUCAUCUGUGGAGUCUCUCGACACCGCCGUGGACGUGAGUUGCCUUCCAGUGAACCACAGAGAAGGAGAACAAACUGUACCAGAAAAAUAUCCAGAGGAGGCUUCAGCACGAAGGUAUACUACAUGGGACAAACCCCCAAGUGAGAGCUCCUUCUCUGGGCUGGAGGUGAUGCUGAGCCUCCUGAGGGGCUGGGACUACCGGCCAGUGAAGCCUCAAAGAGGUAGCAAGCUCCCAGUUCUGUCCAAAGCCAAACUGGACCAAAGCCUGUCCCUACCCCUGCCCAUCCCACUGAGGUCGCCCUGUGGAGGGGCUAAUGACUGUGAGCUGUACUCCCACCUGCCUGUCCCGGAGGUCAUAACCCCGUGUACCCAGCAGGAGCUGCAGGCAGAGCUUGCUGAGAUGGAGGAGCAGUGGAUGGAUGAAUAUGUUCAGUGCGGUCCGUUCCGCUUUCAGCAGAGGCUGAUUGAUGAGCAGCAGGGUCAGCUCAGUCAGUAUGAGAGUGCUGCGGGUCAGUGUGUGGGCGAGCUGCAGAAGGCCCAGGACCAGGUCCACUCGCUGCAGGCCAAGAUCAGAGAGAGCGAGACCAGGAACCAGAAGCUGCUGGAGCGGCUUGCUGAGAUGGAGUUGGAGCUGCGUUCGGCCCAAGAGGAAGCCCAGCGACGGGAGAGGAACAUCCAGAACAUCGCUGAUACUGCCAACUCCAAGGAGGCAGAGGCUGCAGAGCUGUGUCGGGUGAUUGAGGAACAGAAUAAGAUGCUGUGUUCUCUCAAAGAGCUCGCCAACCGCAACCAGCUGCAGCAGCUGCAGGCGUUGGGUGCAGACAGUGUCCGGGGUCAGGGUGAGGUUCUGGCUCUGCAGGCGUCUCUCUUCCAGGCCCAGCUGGAGCUGCAGGCGGAUGAGAGGGUGCAGCGGCAGGCGGUGAGGGCGCAGGACGACCUGAGCCGAGCCCUGCAGAGGCUGGAGACCGACCUGCAGGGGGCGCUGCAGCACCGCAGGGAGACCCAGAGACACAACCAGGAUCUGCAGCUGGCUCUGGAGAAGGCCCGGUCGGCCCUGCAGGAGAGAGAGGAGAAGCUGAAGGAGGGCGAACAAGAGAGGCAAAGACAGGAGGAGGAGAGACAGAAGACCCUCACAGAGCUGAGGACGGCCCUGCAGACCAAAGAGCAGCUGAUGCAGGACUACUGUGAGCUGCUGGAGGAUCCAAAGGAGAAGAGAGACUCUCUGCUUCAGAAACUCCGGCAGCGUAUCAAGGAGAGAGACCGAGCUCUGGAGCGAGCAGUAGACGAGAAGUUCCGCAGCGUGGAGGAGAAGGAGGAGGAGACCCGUCGGCUCCGGCUGCUGCUCAGAGAGAAGGAGAGAGAUCUGGAGAGGCAGCGCUGCGUGCUGUCCAACAACGAGGAGACCAUCACUAGCCUGGAGCUGCUGCUGCGGGGGAAAGCUCUGGAGCUGGAGCAGGUGUGUGACGCCUGGAGGAACGUGCAGCGGCAGCAUCAGCAGAGCGCAGGGAGACAGAGCGGCAUCCUGGGAGAGAGAGACGCCAUCAUCGGUCAGCUGCAGGGGGCGCUGCACGCUCGCUCGCAGGAGGCCCAGGACAUGCGCUGCUCUCUGCUGGCUCAGAUCCAAUCAGCUCCCAGCGAUGUUCUGGAGGAGCUGAAGAUCCGACUCCAGCUCAAAGACCGCCUCUUCCAGGAAGUUCUAGCCGACCGCACCCAGCAGGCGAAAGAGCACCAUGAGCAGGUCCAGGAUCUGCUCCGGACCAUCAGCUCCAGGGACCAGUACAUUCAGGUCUCUGGGAGCCGGCUCGGGGAGGUGCUGGGCGAGCAGGCGGGUCGGCUGACGGAGCUCCGCAGGCAGCUGAGCUCGGGGGUCGGGUGGGGGUCGGACUCGGACUCGGCUGUGGAGCUGCAGGCGGUGCAGGAGGAGCUGCGUCUGGCUCUCAGGAGGGAGAGGGAGAGCCAGGAGCUGAGCAGGAGUCAGGCCAGCAGGGAGGAGGCCCUCAGCAGGAGGCUGCAGGGGAAGGAGGAGAUCAUCAGGGACUUCCAGAGGCAGAUGGUGGAGCCCUCCGCCCUCCCUCUGGUUGAGCAGUUGACCCUGGAGGUCCAGGAGCUGAGAGAGAGCCUGGUCCAGAGGGACGGUCCCCCAGCCAGGGGCCCCGUCCCGGGCCGCAGGCAGCCUGAGUUUGGAGAACUGAGCUCAGAGGAGGAAGACGAGGCUGAAGAUGACCUGAACAGCGAGUACACUGAAGAGGAAGACGAGUCUAAACUGGGGGUCCAGUUUGCAGCCAACACCAAGGGACCUGGAGGCACAGGAAGACCUCCGUCCCAGGACGUGCCGUUUGAAGGCCAGGGCCUGAUGGAGGUCAAGCAGCUGGUGGAGCAGAAGAGGGCGGUGGAGAGAGAGCUGGGGGAGCUGAAGGCUCAGCUGGAGAAGGCCGGCUUCUCCUCACUUUCACAGAUGAGGAGAGCUCUGUUCAGCCUGAAAGCAGAGAACGGAGAUCUGAAGCACCAGCUGACUGAAGGCCUGCAGGCCGACAGUAAGCAGGGUGUGGACGGCGAAGAAGAGGAGGUGGAGGAGUUGGAUGUGACCAUAGAAGGGGUGGAGGAGGAGGAAGAAGAGGAGGAGGAAAACUCUGGAAUGUGGGAUACCUGGGAUGGCGAUCUGACUCUCUUGCAGACCAACAUGCAGAGUGGAGAGCAGCAGAGAGCCAAAAGACCUCAGACCCUGCAGCUGCUCAGCAACACCUCACAGGAUGCUCCUGGACAGGGCGCCACAUCCUCUGUCUUGUGUGGAAAGUCAGUCCGUCUGCAGCAGAAGAGCAAAGAGCUUCGAGAGAGACUGAUGGUGUCUGAAGCCACCGUGCAGGCUCAAGCCGAGCAGCUCAAAGACUACAGGGAGCUGCUCACGGAGACAGCCGUGGAGCAGGACAGUAAGCAGGUCCAGGUGGAUCUGCAGGACAUGGGCUACGAGACCUCCGGCCGCAGUGAGAACGAGGCGGAGAGGGAGGACACCAGCAGCCCAGAGUUUGAUGACCUGGAGAUGUGCACGUCUCUGGACUGUGGUUCCCAGUGGUGGCCUGCCAACAGCGGCAGCAAGGGCUCCACCUUCACCAAGACCCCCCCUCAGAGCUCCGGGGAUGGGGACGAGAUGUCCUCUCUGCAGCGCCUGGUGGAGGACCUCCGCUCCCAGCUGACCCGCUCUCAGGGGGUGAUCCGCGGGCUGCAGAGCCGGCUGCGCUCCCUCUCCACCUCCAGCGACUACGGCCCCUCCACCCCCCGCAAGGUCAACUGGUCCUUCCAGGCCUCGCCCACCCAGAGCGGCGCGGAAGAUGACGAGGGUUGGCAGUCCUCAGACGGAGGUGCUCUGGCCUCUCCCCGUCACCCCCAAGCAGACAAGGGCCUGCUGGAGCUGGUGUCCCGUGUGGACGCUCUGGAGGACCAGCUGAGGAAAGGAGGCAAGGAGCCAGGCAGCGAGGACGUGAAGUCUGCCACAUGGCCGGGUAAAUUCGACACCCUGAUCCAGGCCCAGGCCAGAGAGCUGUCUCACCUCCGCCAGCGUCUGAGGGAGGGUCGGGGGGUGUGCAACAUCCUCACCCAGCACCUGGGGGACACCACCAAGGCCUUCGAGGAGCUGCUGAGGGCCAACGACAUCGACUACUACAUGGGCCAGAGCUUCAGGGAGCAGCUGGCUCAGAGCGGGGCUCUGGCCCAGCGGGUCAGCGCCAAGAUCAGCGGACGAGAUCGUCAUGAAGAUCCAGAUGAGAAAACAGAGCUGCUCGCUAUCCGGCUUAGUAAGGAGUUGCAGCAGAAGGAUAAGGUCAUUGAGUCUCUCCGCACCAAACUAAACCAGCACCAGCACCAUCAUCAGCCCCAUCGCUCCGACACACCAAACAGCAACCACGCCCUCUCCGACACCACCGACCAAUCAGAUCGCAUCUCCUAUGUGUCUGACGAACAUGGAUCCACACACGAGGACCUGGACCUCUGCUCGGAUAUGGACGCUGCCAGCGAGCUUGGUCAGAAGGAAACACGGACUGGUACCAGAGUCAGCACAGAUUGCCACUCUCACAGUGGCGCCAUGUCACACCAUUCGUCCGUCCCACCAUCCGUCACCUCAUCCCACAGAGCCCCGUCCUUCCUCAGCUGUCCCAGCAUGCAUUGCCCCAGCUCGCCACACAAACCUGCAGAUAUGCUGAGUCAGACAGUUCCAGCUUCAGUCUUCACCUCUAUCCUCUCCCACCCUCCCCCCUCCUCCUCCACCACCCAGAGGGCACCUUUGCCCUUCCAUGCCCACCCCGCAACCCCGCGUACCCGCGGGGUUGGUUUCUCCCUGGCUGAGGUGCAUCAGGAGCUGCAGAUGUUACAAAUGCAGCUUGGAGGCAAUGACAGGUUUUCCACUCCCACUUCCAAACCUCUUCAUGGCUUCCCAUUCGCCCACCAGCAGCCGGACCCCUUCCUGCCGCACUCCUUCCACGGAUACCAGCCCUCUCCUUUCAGCAGCAGUCUGGAUGCCAACUCAGCAAUGCAAGCUGGAGCCAGUCUGCUCGAGAGCACUGCAUUGUGGGAUAUGAGCUAUGGUGCCCGUCCGGUGAGACUCGGAGCUGACCUUUCUUCAGGAUCAUCAGGGUACCAGUCAGGCACCAGCAACACAGGAUCAGACCUGAUGAUGAAGGAGCACCUGAGAGAGAUCCGGAGUCUGAGGCAGAGACUGGAGGACUCCAUCCAGACCAACGACCGCCUCCGACUGCAGCUGGAGGAGCGGCUGGCCCGCACCAACACGGAGAAAGCUGCUCCUACCAACAUCUACAUCCAGGGCAUGGACUCUGUCGGCCAGCUCUCCAGUGAGAUGAGACUUCUGAAGGAGGAGAACGUCAGUCUGCAGAACCAGCUGAAGCAGGCCACCAGAGAGAGCAGCAAGGAGGCAGAGCGUUUGAAGGAGGUUGAGCUAGAGGCUGAACAGUGGGCGGAGCAAAGCCAGAAGCUGCAAGCCGAAGCUGAAGCUAGCAGCAAAGAGAUUGCACAACUGAAACAGGACAGACAGAAGAACCAGGAAGCCAUCAACAGACUCCAGCACGAGGUGAGCGUCCUCCAGCAGCAGCUGUGUGAGAGCCGCAGUCUGGUCCACUCUCUGCAAAGUGAGCUGCAGGUGUACCACAGAGUGUGUGGGGUCAUCACCAACGCACCCGCAGGUCAGGCCAGUGACAAUGCCAAACUUGGACACAGCUCUGCAACCUUUGACCCCAACGAGCUGCACGUUCAGCUGGAGCAGCAGCUGCACAUACAGAUGGGCGCACAGCCUCGAUCCAGGAGACAGCUCUUCAACGAGAAUGUUCCCUCUCCUCCUGUGAGAGACACUGGACUUGACAGUCCAGCCUCUCCUUUACGUUCUGCGCAGAAACAUUCAGCAGAAAGUGGAUCAGCUGAUCAAGCCUCAACCCUGCAGGGCCAAGCCCCCGAUGGAUCAUUCGCACACCGUCAUGGCCGCCAUGCAGUGGGCCAUGUUGAUGACUUCAAGGCUCUUCAACAGCAGAUCCUGGAGGGCAGCGCUCUCCUCCGCAAGAUGGAGACGGGUCUUUAUUCCCAGAGCACUCCACAGGAGUUCAGCCUACUUCAGCCUUCAGACUCAGGCUCUGUCAGGAAGAUGCUGUCUGACACUAAAACCCUCCGGCAGAUCCUGGAUGAGGCCGACUCUCUGCUGAGGAUGUUCUGGAGAGCAGCGCUGCCGAACCAGCAGGAAACCAAACAGGAUCAGUCUCUGAGGGAGGAGGUGGCCUCUCUCCGUCUGAAGCUCUCAGAUCAGGAGCAGGCUCUCAAGGACGCCGUGGAGAGAGUGAAGAGCUCCGACCUCACCAAAGAUAGCAUGGAGCACUUUAUAGUCAACCAACUGUCGAGAACACAUGACGUGUUGCGAAAAGCAAAGACAAACUUACAGAAGAAUGAGCUCAGGAUUUCCUCCCUUCGCCGUGCCUCUUCCUCCCCCUCAUCUUCCUCUUUCUACCCCUCCUCCUUCUCCUUUUCCCCCUCCUUCUCCUCUGUCCCCAAUUCUUUCCCUACCUUCUCCUCUUCCUCACACCAAUGGCCUUGUAAAGGUAAGAAAACAGGAGGCUUCUGUGAGCUUGCCUUCUCUCCUGGUUGGGGUGUCAUGAGGCCUGAGACUUCCUCCUCCUCCUCUUCCUCCUCUGCUGUCCACCAGCGCCCCCCGCAGGCAGCCUUCUUGUAGUGCAUCAGCCCCGAAGCUCCUCAUCAUUUUCUCAUUGUUCAAUCAGAAAAUGCUGGAAAUCCUGGCUCUCUCAUUGGUUGGAGAAACAUUUCAGUUGAGUGACAUCUCUCUGAGUGUGUCAGUAGAUUACUGCUGGUUCAUGAUCGUUUGUGAAUGAUUGUAUUUUUAUUGGUGAGGACAUGACUGAAGUGUUUUGAAUCGUUUAUAUGAGACCAGUUUGGCUGGAGUUGGUGUAUUAUUCAUGGCUUCUGAUUAGGCUCAUUUUCACAGAUAACAUCAAUGUUGAUCAAAUAUUAAACCACAUUUAAAACAGUGAUUAAGCUCUCAGAAACAAUCAAGAAUAGGUACCUUCAUGUGAAAAAAGGGAUGUUUUUAUACAUUUUUCCCUAAAAUGUAAUGUUUGACAAUCAUAACAAUCACAUACACAGAACAUUCUUCAGUAAGUCAUAAAUCAGAAGCUCCCAAUCAGAAGCCAACUUCAGCCACGUACUUCAGCAGGGAUUCAAGAAACAAAAAUCCACAUGAUGCCAGCAGGAAAGGGGCUUUUAAAAAACCCGAAACCAAACAGCAAAGUGCUUCCACUGAGCCUCUGUCGGGCUCGUGUUGUAGUUAGUGUGUAGAAUAGUUGCAUGUGGUUUGAGCAGCUUGUGGAAUCAAAGCCAUACUCUCUGACGGUACGGUAAUAAUGUUUUUGUUCUGUUCUAAUUGUACAAUAAUUGUCAUAAAAUGGCCAACUACUGAUAACAAAUGGAAAAUAAGGUAGAACUACAGUACCAGUAGAUAGUUUGGUCAAAUAGAUGGUAGAUGGUGUUCUCAUGCAUUUACUCACAAAAAAACACCAAUUUCAGAUGUUUUGCUCAUCGUAUUCAAACUCCAGAGUAUUACUGUUGAAUAUGGAGUCUGUUCUCUUCAGAUAAUUAAAACGCAUUUGGGUCCAACCCAGUUUUUCUUGCAGUGAAAGCCUUCUGAUGAAGCUGCUGUAUUGAGAAGCAUCUUAAUAACCAGUGUUAAUAAAAACAAGCAAAUGUACCAGAGUGUCAUCGAGCUGCUCAUCGGGCUGCUCAUCGAUUUGUUUGAUGCCUUUUAGUUUCGGAUAAAAUAAAUGACGGUCCAAAAGAGAUGACAUUUCAUUUUUGUAACCAGAAAAAUGGACCACACUUUUUUCUUUUUAAAUAAAUACAUAAUUUUGGUGUUUCUUUUCUUAUUUUUGCUAAAUUUGUGCAUCUCUUUGUUUGAAUUUCCCUCGAGACGACAAUCAAUUAACAACAAAAAAAACAAUCCUCAAGGGAUACAUUCAAGUUUGUUAGGUUUUUCAAGACUUCUGAGGAUUUGUUACGCUCACUGUGCAAAUAAUAUUUUAUGAAAUUGGUUGCUUUACACUGACUCAUUAUUAUUAUUUUUCUUGAUUUCUCUGUAUAAAAGGUUAGCUGUUUCUUUUUGUGCAUGAACUGUGGCUUCACUGCCCUCUGAUACUUUUACUGAAAUAUGCAAUUUUUUGGGUUACUGUGCAAUAAUAACCUUUGUGGUUGCUUUUUGUUGAUGUUUUAGCCCUGGAUAUUAAAGUGCCAUGUCAUCUGUUUUCGCUUUGAAGCUGAGUCGUUAAAAAAACAAAAAAGAUAUGAUGAAAAUGUCCAGUUUUAUGACAAUCAAAAACAAAUGGCCCACCAAUUUUUAAAGUAACAUGAAUCAGAGUUUUAUAAACGGUGUGGAAACAAUGCAAAGUCACAACAUAAAAGAGUGCUGUAAUGAGAUAUUUAUGAAGCAAAGUUAUAAACCAAAGUCAACAACUUGUAUGUUGUCAAAUCAGGUUUAAAUGAAUUACGUACAGUAUAGCGAUUUUUUGUGAAAUUCCCAACGGAAGGUCAAAUUCAGUGUCUGUGUGGUUUGAGGAACUAAAUCUCAUGUAUGUACAUAUUAAAGGGAGUGCGAACAUCAAUGCAAGCUGUUUUGUCAUUGUUCGACAAAGACCAUCUGUAUUUUUAUGCAUGUUUCUUUUCUUAAAAGUGUUUUUCGGGUUAAAAAAAAAGAAUAACCUUUUUAAUAAAAAGGGAAAAACAAAA